UUACUACUUCCGGGUCCUCGUGUUUAUUUUCAGAUAAUUUAUUUUCUUCUAUAUAUUUGAAAACACAGUUGGAAGGCUAAUAUGGGAGUUACAGACCGUACACGGUUUGCAGUACCAUUUGAAAACGCACAAAUUGUGUUGUGAGCGCUUUCCAUGUAAAACAUUAAAAACGGACCGUCCGUUAAUAGAAGCGCUAGCAAACUAAUUGAUGAUGAAGAGGACACAGAGGCGUACGCGUGCCUCCGAAUCGUCGUCCCAGACAAGGCAUAACCAAACUGGGGGAAGAAAGCGACCUGGACGACGAGGGAAACCUCAGAAAUGUCAAACUUUCGAAACGGCAUCCUCCUCAGCUAGUGAAAAGAGUUUUCAGGGGGACUUGGACGAAGAAAGCACGAUCGCACAAGGAUAUGUCGCUGAAAACAGUACUCCGAAUAAACACUCCAAGAAAGCAAAAAUGCCAAAAGGAAACGGUCGGCUUAGCAGUGCUUUUUGUCGGCUUUGUCAUGGGAAAUUUUCGAAGCGGAGACUACGACAUGCCUUCGAUAAGCAGCUUGAGGAGUCGAUGGAGGUGGACGACUUCUUGGACCGAGAGAAUCUUGAAGGGCCGCUGCUUUUCUGCACGGACUUUCAACGGCUCCUUGGUGUGCCGAUGAAUCGCGACCCGCGGUUGUCUUCAUUCAUUUGCAAGACCUGCCAUGCACAGUUCUAUAAGUGCCACCGCAUCCUGGCCGAUUUUCGUAGAAGGGUAAACCAUAUACCAACAAGCCACGAAGGCAACAUGGAGGGGGGUUCUGAAAGUGUGCCAGCUAAAGAUGGAUGCAUAUCAACAACCUCUAUCACCUCCGACCCCAAAUGUCUCCACAGUCUGGUGUCCUGGGCCCAUCACCAUGCUGAGGCCUGCCGGUCCUGUCCAAACCUGAAAGAGGUGCUAGAAGAUCAAUUCUGGGGCUCGGUAAAGGCAGUGUGGGGCUGCAUAGAUGGGCACAGCUACGUGAUGGACACCAACUGCAGCCAAACGAUGAUGAACCCUGGUCACGUGACCGUGGAAGGCGAGCAGCCCAGCAGAGAUGGCAGCCACGGGUCCAAGACUCCCCGGAAGCCCAGCAACGCCGCCACUGUCAACCGCACCGUCCAGCCAAGCCCAGCCACCACUCUGCAGACUCAGCACUCCAAACCGAGUGACAUCUCAUCACCCAGCACAGAUGGUCUUUUCCCUAGUGAGGGGAUCCCCUCGCAUGUAGCAGCUCAGCCUAUGGAACAAACUGCAGAUGGUGACCUCUCUGACAAGAACUUCUCCAGUGAUGAGGAGUAUGAGAACAGAAGGAAAGGUGCGUCGUCCGACGAGCAGGCAGAUCCAUACCCACCCAAACGGGCUGCACCAACUAAAAAACGGAGCAAGGCGGCGAAGCCUCCACCACAGCCUAAAGAACGAAAGAAGCCGGGGCCCAAGAAAAAGCCAAAGACUGAAAGAGAGGAGCUACCCACCAUCUACAAGUGUCCUUACCAAGGCUGCACAGCAGUGUACAGAGGUUCCGACGGCAUGAAGAAACAUAUAAAGGAGCAUCACGAGGAGGUGAGGGAACGGCCUUGCCCCCAUCCUGGCUGCAACAAAGUCUUCAUGAUCGACCGUUACCUGCAGAGGCACGUUAAACUCAUUCACACAGAGGAAAGGAACUACAUCUGUGACCAGUGUGGACAGACCUUCAAGCAGAGGAAGCAUCUAUCAGUACACCAGAUGCGCCACUCGGGAGCCAAGCCACUGCAGUGUGAGGUUUGUGGGUUCCAGUGCCGCCAGAGGGCCUCCCUCAAGUACCACAUGACCAAGCACAAGGCCGAGGCCGACCUGGACUUUGCCUGCACGCUGUGCGGCAAGCGUUUUGAAAAGGCCCACAACCUCAAUGUCCACAUGUCCAUGGUGCACCCUCUCACGCAAAGCAGCAGUAACGAUGCUCCUGCCCCAGGCCACCCAUCAGACCUGGAUAGGUCCAGGCAGUCGACCCGUAGCACUGAAACGCAACCCACACAAAUCCAGGCCCUGGACCCUGGGUCUGCCUCACAGGACGCUCAGAGGACUACUCUAGCAAGCCCAGACAUGAGCUACAUGCUAGAGAAUCUCUAAUGAGUUUGGAAGACGUGUGUCUUCAUUAGACGGACAAAUAUUACUUAUAAGGACCAGAGUCAGGCGAAAACAAUGAUGGAUGUCUUUAUAUAUAUAUAUAUAUGUUCAUGAAGAGACUUGCAGUCCCUUGAUGAUUCAUAUGAUUUGCUCCUGAACUGAAUACUAUAUUCAGCACCAGACGCUGUGUAAGAAAUUGCACUACUGAUCACAUAUUACAUGUUAGCGUGACUAAAACAUUUCCCGCACUGUCAAACAUGCCUGUUUUAUGGAGUGAGAUGUUCCUUUAUAAAGCAGGACUUCUUCAUGGGUGUGCUAUUAUGGGUUGUAAGCAGAAACCAGGUGUUUUUAUUAUGCGUAGGACACACGCACCAGGUGUGAUUGAGACUGUUACAUGGCAAGAAAGACGGAUGGACUCCUUGCAUUGGGAUUGCUUUUUAUACUUGGUCAAAUAAAUAAAAGCAGCAACAUUCCAAUGAACCUUAAUGCAAAAUACAUAGAAAAAAUAUUAUGUAACACAUAUUUUUUUUUAAACAGUUAACCUCUUAUCAUACAUUCAGAAAGGAAUUUCCCUCCCACACUAGAACCGUUAUGCCUCUUGAAAAGUGUUCCAUUGAGGUGUGAUUCAGUGUGGCCAUAUUAACAGGUGUUUCUCAGUGAGCGUGGUCCCACAUCCACCAGUGUUCUCUCUUCAGAAGAAGUCCAGCUCUUGACUGAAGGCGGGGCCGAGGUCUGGAGAGCUCAGCUGCAUGGAGAGGGUGGCCGCCACCUCUGGGUCCAGCUCCCCACACAAGGUCUCCAGCUGGAGGGGAACACAUGGAGGUCACCGCAUUCAGUGUUGACAGUCAAAUUCAACUGUACAAUUGCAGACCGCUAAAUUCUACAGGCAGCUACUUCAAAAGCACUUUGGACCAGCCUGUCUGAAAGAGGAUGAGAUGCCAAGUGUUGUGUGUUCUCCUCGAGAGACCCGUGACCGAUGCCUUUGUACGGUGUUUGUGAUUGACAGUGAUGUACAUGGUGAAAUAUGUGACGUUUGUAAAAAAAAAGAAAUACACAACCCUGUGAUCUGA